CGCAAACACAGCCAUUCCCCCAUCAUUAUCAUCGCACCCCGUCACCGACGAUGCUGUUUUAAACAGAAACAACUCCAUCUCCUACAUAAUACAUACUCGUUUAUCAAAUGGGCAAUUUCGGCACAUUGGGCCGCAUCCCCUUUACCAACUACACCGCCGAAGCCUAAUACAAUAUUAAUCCCUACUUUAGAAAAUUCAAUUUCUAUUGUUUGAAGUUCAGACGGAUCAGAGACGACCCAGACAACACAGACAACACAGCAACCAAACCAAACCAAACCAGACAGAUCGUCAUCGCAUACCUGCCCAACUUGUCCACGUCCACGUACCCGUAACUCGUCACUCGUACCGAUUCACCAUCUUCAAUUGUGAUCUCUAGGUCCAUCGCGCCAACACGUACCGAUACGAUUUUCGAUUCGAAAUCCCCCGCAUCAUUUAUCUUUGAUCAUUCAUCAUCAUUGAUAUUUGACUUGACAUCUCUUGAUCAUCUUGAUCCGGGGAAACCUAAACCUUGGCUCGGCUCGACUGUCAUUACAGUUCACCUGCCUGUUCGACUUGCCACCCUUCUAUUCGCUUUAUUCGGUCUAUAAACACUAUUAUAUCCUUGCCUUAGAAAUGAUGGCCAUGACUGAGACAUCUCCACUUUCUACAACCGACCGUCAAGAACGCUCAGGCCGCAGACGGCCCUUUACAACUUGGGUCAAGAAACUCGCCAAUUUCAAGACCGGUUCCGCUGAGGGUGGUCGAAAUGCCCAUUCAAAACGCGAUGCUGUCCCCAAGGGCUCCAAGAAGCGACCUUCCAAAAACAACAACCCGUACCCUCAAUCUGGCCGCAUCGGCUCAUCAUCACCAGCCCAUCAAAGCGACCCAUCCUUCUCAACAUCCCAUAGUGCCCGACUCUCAGAUCCAUCAAUAGUCCGACGAAGUCAUUCCUCCGUACGAACGUCCGCCGAUGGAACCGCACCCCCAACAGCUGGCGGCAUGUCAGUAGCACCCACGAUGUCAACCGACUACGAAACCAGCCACUCCAUCCACGCUCCCUCACACAUGGCAUCAUCCGUAGCGGGCACCAGCCGCACCGCGAACGGGGGUCUCGAUUCACGCAAGGGAGGCGACAGCACAUUCUCAUCUCCCGCGCCCUCGGUGCGAUCCCUAACAACUACACUCACCACGAUCCAAUCCAUGGGUCCCAACGGCGCAGUCAACAUACCACAGCCUCACGGCGGCCACUCAUCCAACCAAGGAAACUACCAAACGAUCCAAUUCUCACAACCCUUCCCCUCGAGCUCACCCGCGUCCGCGCUCCCACCAUACCUCACCCCACACGCAGGCACAGGCCACCCAACGACGUAUAACACGGCCACCGCGAACAACCUACUCACAGACAACGCAUCCAUCCUAACCCUCGCCUCAUCAAGUAAACACCGCCGUCGACGAUCCAUGGACACCGACGCCUCCGUCCGCGCCCUAGCGCCCUCCUCCCUCUGGGGCGGUAGCCGUGAAUCCCUCCCCCUCUCCGUGCUAAGCGCCAACGUAGACGGGAGCAGCAGCAACCGUAACGAGCUCCAAGCCCCAUCCCUGCACCAAUCCACAUCACGCAUCGCGACCGGUGGUGAGCGCACAAGUAUAUACUCCACAACCGGUAUGUCGGGCGAACAACGCAACAGUUUAUACGCCGCCAAGCAACAAGGUCUAAGCGCGGGCGACGGCGCUAGUAUUCGAAGCGGGUUGCUGGGACACGGGCGCGCGGAUAGUAUUACCGGAAGCGUGGCUGGUGUAAGUAGUCCCCUGGCUUCGCCUUGGGAGGGCGCUGCUGUUGCCGAGGAGAAGGAUGAGAAUGUGAAUGUGAAUAUCGUGGUCAAAGAUAAGGAAUGAGAAUAAACCAUACUGCUUUUAUGCAAGAGUAGGAGACGGGAAGGAAAGAACUAAAAGUAGAGCCGAAGAAGCUCAUAACUAAAAACUUCGAACCCGUUCGAGACGGGACUAGACGAUUUGUUUAGAUAGGGGGUAGCAGGGGUAUGAAUAAUGGACUGAAUGCGAUGACAUCCCACGACACACACGACCCCUCGGUGGAUGAUGGGGUUUUCGGAGGGACGGCGGGAAUUUUUGAUAUUUUAUUUCCCGUGAGUUCCCCAAGUGUCACUUUUGGGGAUGGACUCGAUUACUACUACGGAAGGCAGGCGGGCAGGCAGGCAGGACCCGGCUGGGAUUGAUGGCAAAUUAGAUACCCGUUUACUGUACCCCAGGGCUGAAUUUACAGCAAGAUUGUGAUUAAGCCAUUUCGUGUCGCUAGUUCUAAAGUGUGUCCUGAGUGACUUGACUGUAGUUGGGUGCCCUGCUGAUAGAUCAUUCGCACCACAAUACGUGCUAAAACGUGUAAGUUUGAUUUAUGAAAAUGAGUACGUUUAAGCAGACAAAUACAUAAGGAUGUUAUAUCCAAAAUCGAAAUCGACAAGUAUAUCCAAAUAUAGCACAUAUAAACAUGAUAAUCAAGGGAACCUAGGGUUCUCGGAAAAGGCAAUCAAUAGUAGGGUAGAGGAUCAAGAUCCAAGCCCGCAACCGAAAAUCUGAAAGAGUCGUUUCU